GGGCGUGGCCUCGGGGGCGUGGCCGCGCAGGCGCCCUGGGACGCGGGCCUGCGUUUCCGCUCCGCUCGUGGCGAUGGCGUCUGAGGCAGAGUGCCCCCCACUGGGCAUGUUUGAGUGCCAGCUCUGUGCCUUGACGGCUCCCUACAGCUACGUGGGGCAGAAGCCCCCCGACGCCCAGUCCGUCGUCCUCCUGGAGGAGAGCUACGUCAUGAGGGACCCCUUCGCCGUGGACAAGGGCCAGUUCCUGGUGCUCGGGGCACGGUGCGGGGUGUGCGGCAGGCUGGUGUGCGCGGGCCCGGAAUGCAGCUUAUUCUACUCCAAGAGGUUCUGCCUCCCCUGUGUCCGGAAGCACAUCGACGCGUUCCCGCAGGAGCUCCGGCGAGACGUGGAGGCGCGGACGGUCGCCCCAAAGAAGCCCUCCGCUCAGCCCUGACUGUUCCCGCCGCUCCGUGAGUGCCGCCUCCGGCCCGGGGGGACCAGACAUGGGGGCCAGGCACCACGAGGCCAGCUGCAGGGCCGCCCCCAGGGCAAGGCCCGGAGUGAGGCCGGAAAGCCUCCCGCUCGCCAGGGACAAGGCCAGCUGUGCCGGGCGCUCAGCGUGGAGAGGGCUUCCUGUCACCACCCGUCCUCUGUCUAGAAAGUCAGCUUCCCAGGCCUGCCCCGGAGCGCAGCGCCCCCUGACCACAUGUGUGUAUCAAUAAAACCCCAGAGAACCAGCUGUGUGUGCAGUCCUUUCGUGGGUGCAGGCCCCCGCACCCCCUGCCCCCCGGUGGCCUGGGCAGGGCUUGGGGAGCCUCACCGGGCCGGGCAG